GGUAUGUUUUGGCUGACGACAUACUCACUUCACACAUUGUGCGAGGCUUCUUGUUUAUUUCUCGCGACGAUCAGUAGGUAGUCGGUACCUCUAUAGUCCGAGAUUAUAAGUGGUAUAGCGGUGCAGCUGUGCACUCUUAUGCACUCGUAGUGCUGCUGCCACGAAACGUAUGAGAGUGAGAGGUAUAUAAGUAGUGCGGUGGCGUGAGUUUCUUUUCAAUAUGCUCUUUUAACGCGCGAUAGGUACGCUCGAGCUUAUUUCGAUGAGUUUCACGAUUGUGCGGAUGAGGUUUUUUAUUGCACAAUUCGUUACUACUUUUAGCUAGCGACGACACUGAACGUCAUUUUUUACGCAGCCGAUUCCUGUCAUCUGAGGGGAAAAAACGCGAUUGUCGCUGUUAGCUGAUCUUUAUGAAUUCGUGAGCGAGUUCAACACUAGAGAAAAUAUACUCCUUGGUUUUCUUGCCGAGCCCCAGUGAUGACUACAAUAGCAACUGUUUUCUACAGAAGACACUUUGGAUUCAAAUUUUGGAGAGCACGGAUGCCAAUGGAGUGUAUUGUUUAAGGAGAUUUUGACAAAGUUCUAAGUGAAAGGAUAUUAAGUUUUAUAGAAUACAACAGCUGUGACAAGAUGUCUACGCCAACAACAGCAUUCUUGCCCUUGGCAAUGGCACAAACACCUGAAAGGGAGAUCUCUGCACCAGUAGUUGAUUACUCCAGCAUUCGUGGAAAGGAUGUACUAGUCAGUCCAUCUGAAGAUCAAUAUGAAUUGUUAUUGAAGAAACUGAAGGAGAGAAUUCAAGAUGGGGGCAGUGAAACUAUUUUUGACAUAGGAAUUGGUGAAGAUGGAUCAGAAGAUGGCUUGAAAGAGGAUGAAUAUGAAGCCUCUGUGGCCACUCUUCAAUCACUAGCUGCAACAUUAGAAGCAGAUUGCGUUUUGCUGCGCCAAAGUAAAGUUGAUCAUGGGUUGACUGGACAAUACUUGGUAAGAAAACGUCUUGACCAGCAAGAUUUCUUGGAAAUCAGAGUUGCUGUAGUUGGUAAUGUAGAUGCUGGAAAAUCAACACUACUUGGUGUCUUGACUCAUGGAGAAUUGGAUAAUGGUAGAGGAUUGGCUCGGCAAAAAUUAUUCCGUCACAAACACGAAGCUGAGACAGGAAGAACAAGUUCAGUAGGAAAUGACAUUCUUGGCUUUGAUAGUGUUGGCAAUGUUGUUAACAAACCUGAACAUGGUUCUUUGGAUUGGGUGAAAAUUUGUGAAAAGUCUUCCAAAGUAAUUACUUUCAUUGACUUGGCUGGCCAUGAGCGUUACUUAAAGACUACUGUGUUUGGAAUGACUGGUCAUGCUCCAGACUUUGGAAUGCUGAUGGUGGGUGCAAAUGCAGGCAUUGUAGGAAUGACUAAAGAACAUCUGGGAUUAGCACUAGCUUUGUCAGUACCAGUUUUUGUGGUGGUCACCAAAAUUGACAUGUGUCCACCAAAUGUACUACAAGAGAAUUUGAGGCUACUAAAUAGAAUUUUGAAAUCUCCUGGUUGUAGAAAGGUUCCAGUUACUGUAAAAACUCCUGAUGAUGUAGUAGUUAGUGCUACUAAUUUUGUCUCAGAAAGGCUGUGCCCCAUUUUUCAAGUAUCUAAUGUAAGUGGAGAAAACUUGGGCCUUUUGAAAAUGUUCUUGAAUCUAUUGACUGCAAGAAUUACUAGUCACGAUAAUGAACCUGCUGAGUUUCAGAUAGAUGAUACAUAUUCUGUUCCUGGAGUUGGUACAGUAGUAUCUGGUACAACUCUAAAAGGUGUUAUCCGUCUGAAUGACAUCCUAUUGCUUGGUCCAGAUCCUCUGGGGCAUUUCCAACAAAUAGCUGUAAAAAGCAUACACAGAAAAAGAAUGCCGGUUCGUGAAGUUCGAGGAGGGCAAACUGCUAGUUUUGCUUUGAAAAAGAUCAAACGAUCCCAAAUUCGAAAGGGGAUGGUGAUGGUUUCACCAGCUUUGAAUCCGCAAGCUUGUUGGGAAUUUGAAGGGGAAAUCUUGGUAUUGCACCAUCCUACGACAAUCAGCUCACGCUACCAAGCAAUGGUUCAUUGCGGUAGUAUUCGUCAAACGGCAUCAAUUCUAUCCAUGUCUGAAGAUUGUCUGAGAACUGGUGAUAAAGCGUUGGUACACUUUCGAUUCAUAAAACAUCCCGAGUACAUAAAACCGGGUCAACGUAUGGUAUUCAGAGAAGGUCGUACAAAAGCAGUGGGUAACGUUUUAAGAUUAAUUCCACAUUCUGGUCCAGGAAGUACUCAUACAUCAAGAGCAAGUAAGCCCAAUAAAGUUCAACAAAAUCGACAAAAUCCAAACGCACAGAUCUCAGAAGGUGUUGAUGGAAACAAUCCUGUAGAAAACCAAGCAGCAAAACGCGAAAAUACGCCGCAAAAAUCGGGCACAAAUUCUGCUAAAAAAGGUCGCGGAAGAAGAGGAGGGCGAGCACAAAAUACCACUGGUGGUAUAGUUCAGCCACUUGCGGAACAAAAUCCUCCUGCAAGUGUCUAGAGAGGAAUUUUUAUGUAUAAAGUAUACAUAACUUAUAAUCAUCAUUUUUUAAAACCACAAUAAUCAAGAGUGUGAAAAUCUAUAAUUUGAUAUAUAUAUUUUGCCUAGAAUAUGUAUGACAAAUCUAUUCUGUAAUAUUUUAUAACAUAUUAUAAUAAAUUUUAAACUCUACAAAUUUAAUAUAAAUCGGAAAAAGUAAAAUUCUCUUAUUCGUGUUGAAAUUGCUCUAAAGGUCUAAAUUAUCUGAUACCAUUCUCAACUACAGAGUUCUAAUUUAAUUAAUAUCGUAUUUCGUAAAGAGCACUUAAUUAUUUUUCAUAUAAAAAGACUAAUGUGCAGAUUUUUUUACAACGAAUAAAUAGUUAUAUGGAUGUUGCAAAUUUGUGACAGAUUCCUUUAAUAUUUAGAGAAAAUAAAAUAGAUAACAGUAUUUUCUGAUACAAUAUCUAAGAAUAAUUUAUUUUUUUUCAAAAUUUUCUAGAUUAAAGAAAUAAUGCACAAUACAUUCAAUUGUUUGUUCAUACCAUAAAAUAUGUUGUAAGUAAAGAGAUAAUUCAAUAAA